AGGAGAAAGAGGAGAGGAUGUGACCGAGCCUGACGUGCCUCCUCCGGCCUGACUGUGUGUGUUUCCCCGUCUCCACCGUGGACAUGGAGCCCAGCGGACGUUAACCGGAGGAGCCCCUCUCUGCGUGGAGGAUGAUCCGGCGGCCGGUGCUUCUUUCCCAGAACUUGUACCAGAAUCGGUUCCUGGGCCUGGCGGCGAUGGCCUCCCCGACCCGUAACGGCCAGACCCGGCAGCGCUGCAAGGACGCCAACCGCCACAGCUACGGCCCCGAGUCCUUCGCCGUCAACGGGCUGAACCAGGAGGCCUUCAUGCUGGGCCUGUCGCGCUCCACCAGCGACACCGACCUGGUUUCCCCGGACGCCCGCACCCUCGCCAUCAGCUCCUCCCACUACACCGUGGGCCAGUCCGAGGACCUGGUCAUCACGUGGGACAUCAAGGAGGAGGUGGACGCCGGCGACUGGAUCGGGAUGUACCUCAUCGAUGAGCCGCUGUCGGAGAACUUCCUGGACUAUAAGAACCGAGGCAUCAACGGGUCUCACAAGGGACAGAUCGUCUGGAAAAUCGACUCCAGCGCCAACUUCAGUGACGCCGAGACCCAGGUCUGCUUCAGGUACUACCACGGAGUCACCGGGGCCCUGAGGGCCACCACGCCCAGCGUCACCAUCAAGAAGGGCCCCGUCCCGGUCCUGAAGCCGGUGGUGAGUCCUGAAGUCAACCACAGUCUGGGGAACAGGAGGCUCAUUAACUUCUCCCUGUCAGACCUGCAGGCCGUGGGGCUGAAGAAGGGCAUGUUCUUCAACCGACCGUACCUGAAGCUCUCCAUCCAGCCGGGGAAGCACAGCAUCUUCCCCUCGCUGCCGCACCACGCAGAGAGAAACUCCGGGGUGGCAGGAAACACCGUCAGCCCGCAGUGGAGCGCCGAGAGGUUCAACUUCGUGUCGCUGCCGACCGACGUCCUGGAGAUCGAGGUGAAGGACAAGUUCGCCAAGAGUCGUCCGAUCAUCAAGCGGUUCCUGGGGAAGCUGUCGGUGCCGGUGCGGCUGCUGGAGAAACACGCCAUCGGCGAUCGGGUUGUGAGCUACACUCUGGGCCGCCGGCUGCCCACCGACCACGUCUGCGGCCAGCUGCAGUUCCGCUUCGAGCUGACGUCCUCCAUCCACCCCGACGAUGAGGAGGUGUCCCUCGUCAUGGAGUCGGCCCGUCCCGACGGAGGAGACGACGACGCCCGCCACGACGACACGCUCAGCGUGGGCCCCGACAUGCCCGACCUGCCCCUGGACGCUCCGGGAGACCCCGACGCCGACGAGCAGCCGGAGGCGGCGCCGGAGGAGGGACCCCCUGCUGGGGAGGAGGAGGAGGAGGAGGAGGAGCAAGGAACUGUGGAAGAGGAGAGCACCGUGAGGGAGGAGCCUCCACCUGCUGAGGAUCAGGAGGAGGUGGAGGAGGAGGCGGAGGAGGCGGAGGAGGCGGAGGAGGCGGGGGAGGCGGGGGAGGCGGGGGGUCGCAGGAGCAGCAGGAGGAGUGUGGAGUUGAGGAGGUGGAGCAGAGCGAGGAGGUGGAGGCAGUGGAGUCUGAGCAGGAGGUUCCAGAAGGAGGUAAAGAGGAGCCUGAAGCUCCCAGGACCCGACGCCGAGGAGGCUCCGUCAGAGGAGGCCCCCCCCCCGGAGGCCCCCCGGACCGCCCCCCAGGAGUCCCCGGCGGGAGAGAGAGGCGACGCCCCCUGCUCCUGCCACGCCCUCUUCUCCAGCUACGCCUCCCACGGCCCGUCGCGGCGCAAGGCGCGGCCCUGCUCGCUGCCGGUGUCGGAGCUGGAGACGGUGAUCGCCUCGGCCUGCGGCGAGCCGGAGACGCCGCGCCACUACAUCCGCAUCCACCACCUGCUGCACAGCCUGCCCUCCGCCCAGCAGCGCGCCCCCAGCCAGGACGACGAGCCGGGCGGCGAGGGCGGCCGCACCGGCUCCUCGCCCACCGGCAAGACCUCCAAGGAGGGCCUGGACGAGGACGAGGACGAGGAGGAGGACACGCAGUCGCCCUCUCAGGUCCCAGAGUGCCCCGGGCCCUGCUGCCGGCGCUCUCUGCCCCGCAGCCUCUCCAUCGAGCGCCUGUCGGAGCUGAACCAGCUCCUGGAGGGCGACGGCGGAGGAGGAGGCGGCGGCGGAGGACAGGCGGCCAUCAGGAGGAUCUCGCCCUCCUGCCUGGAGAGCGAGGAGGGCGACUCCAGCAACAGCGGCGUGGGCCGGCGAGCGGGCGGCGGCGGCGGCCACCGCGGCCCCGGCGACAACGAGUGCGAGUUCUGCGACACGUCCUGCUACAGUACCUCCUGCUACAGCACUUCCUGCUACAGCACCUCCUGCUACAGCAACUCGGGCUACGAGGGGCGGAGCCGCUUCUGCAGCCACACCCGCCUGUCCUCGGUGGACAGCAACCGGCUCUCCGGCAGCACCGUCUCCUCCCAGGACGAGGACGAGGACGAGGAGAGCGCCUUCGACGGGCCGCCGGACGGCGAGGGCCCGGAGGGGGGGGGCGGAGACAGGAGGACGGGCCGGUGGAAGGAGGCCCGGAGAGGCGGGGAGCGGGCGGAGCCGGCGGUGGCCGGGCCCAGCGACCGGAGCAGCAUCGGCUCAGACUCCUCCCCUCCUGUCGGCCAUCUUCCAGUCCUGCGACCCAGCCAUGACCUAAACCAUUUUCCUGCCGCCUCUGACCAAGCCUUACCUCCAAACUGGGAGGCCCGGGUGGACAGCCACGGCCGGGUCUUCUACGUGGACCACGUCAACCGGACCACCACCUGGCAGCGGCCGAGCCACGGCGGCAAGUGCAGCCACGGCAUCCCCCGAUCGGCCUCCACCCAGCAGAUGGAGCAGCUCAACCGCAGGUACCAGAACAUCCAGAGGACCAUGGCCACAGAGGAGGAGGGUGGAGGUCCCAGGUUAGAGCGCAGCAGCAGCACGGAGGGCGAGUCGGACUCCCCCCCCGCAGGCCCCGCCUCCCCUGUCAAUCAUCAGAAGAUCAGCCACCUCCUCCAGUCGCCUGCCGUCAAGUUCAUCACACACCCCGAGUUUUUCACUGUGCUGCACAGCAACCAGGCGGCCUACCGGAUGUUCACCAGCAGCAGCUGUGUGAAGCACAUGAUCCUGAAGGUUCGCCGCGACGCCAGGAACUUUGAGCGCUACCAGCACAACCGGGACCUGGUGGUCUUCCUCAACAAGUUCGCCGACACCCACCUGGAGCUGCCGCGGGGCUGGGAGAUCAAGACCGACCCCCAGGGCAAGUCUUUCUUCGUGGAUCAACAGUCGAGCCACGACCUUCUCGACCCCCGGAUCCCCCUGCAGAACGGCCGGCUGCCGGGUCACCUGGCCCCGCAGCACCUGCAGCGCCUGCGCAGCUACAGCGCCGGAGAGGCCUCCGACGUCUCCAGGAGUCGAGGGGCCUCCCUGAUGGCCCGUCCGGGGAACAGCCUGGUGGCCGCCAUCCGGAGCCAGCAUCACGGCGACCCCCAGCACCUGAGCGCUCCGUCUUACAACGACAAGAUCGUGGCGUUCCUCCGGCAGCCCAACAUCUUCGACAUGCUGCAGGAGCGGCAGCCCAGCCUGAGCAGGAACCACGCCCUCAGGGAGAAGAUCCACUACAUCCGGACCGAAGGCACUCAGGGUGUGGAGAAGCUGUCGUGCGACGCCGACCUGGUCAUCCUGCUGAGCCUGUUUGAAGAGGAGAUCAUGUCCUACGUCCCGCCGCACCCCAUCCACCCCGGAUUCAGCUUCUCCCCCCGCUGCUCGCCCGUCUCGUCUCCGCAGAACUCUCCAGGUCUGCAGAGGGCCCGGGCUCCAGCGCCGUACCGCAGAGACUUCGAGGCCAAACUGAGGAACUUCUACAGGAAGUUAGAGGCCAAAGGCUACGGCCAGGGUCCCGGAAAGAUCAAGUUGUUGAUCCGGAGAGAACAUCUGCUGGAGGGAACCUUCAACCAGGUGAUGGCGUACUCGCGCAAAGAACUGCAGAGGAACAAACUCUACGUCACCUUCCUGGGGGAGGAGUGGUUGGACUACAGCGGCCCCUCCAGAGAGUUCUUCUUCCUCUUGUCUCAGGAGCUCUUCAACCCGUACUACGGCCUCUUCGAGUACUCGGCCAACGACACCUACACGGUCCAGAUCAGCCCCAUGUCGGCCUUCGUGGAGAACCAUCUGGAAUGGUUCCGGUUCAGCGGGCGGAUCCUGGGUCUGGCUCUGAUCCAUCAGAACCUGCUGGACGCCUUCUUCACCAGACCGUUCUACAAAGCUCUGCUCCGCCUGGCCACCGACCUCUCAGACCUGGAGUACCUGGACGAGGAGUUCCAUCAGUCUCUGCAGUGGAUGAAGGACAACGACAUCACGGACAUCCUGGACCUGACCUUCUCCGUCAACGAGGAGGUCUUCGGACAGGUGACGGAGCGAGAGCUGAAGUCCGGAGGCUCCAACCUGCAGGUGACGGAGAAGAACAAGAAGGACUACAUCGAGCGCAUGGCCAAGUGGAGGGUGGAGCGGGGGGUGGUGCAGCAGACCGAGGCGCUGGUCCGGGGCUUCUACGAGGUGGUGGACUCCAGGUUGGUGUCCGUGUUCGAUGCCCGGGAGCUGGAGCUGGUGAUCGCCGGGACGGUGGAGAUCGACCUCGGAGACUGGAGGAGCCACACCGAGUACCGAGGAGGCUACCACGACGGCCACGUGGUGAUGCGCUGGUUCUGGGCGGCGGUGGAGCGCUUCAACAACGAGCAGCGCCUGCGGCUGCUGCAGUUCGUGACGGGGACCAGCAGCGUCCCGUACGAGGGCUUCGCCGCGCUGCGCGGCUCCAACGGCCUCCGGCGCUUCUGCAUCGAGAAGUGGGGCAAAGUCAGCUCGCUGCCGAGGGCCCACACCUGCUUCAACCGCCUGGACCUCCCUCCGUACCCGUCCUACACCAUGCUGUACGAGAAGCUGCUGAUCGCCGUGGAGGAGACCAGCACCUUCGGCCUGGAGUGACCCC